AUGAUGUCUGUGGUUAGUACUACUUGUAUCAAAUCAGAGAACAAAGAAAAGAUCAAUAUGAAGAGUUUAGCCUUCGUGUUGUUGGCGCUGGUUGCUGGCGUAAGCGCCGUCAGCUUUUUCGACCUCGUCCGUGAAGAGUGGAAUGCAUUCAAGUUGGAGCACAAAAAGGAAUAUGAUAGCGAGGUGGAAGACAAAUUUCGCAUGAAGAUCUUUGCAGAGAACAAACACAAGAUUGCAAAGCAUAAUGCUCAGUUUGAACGUGGACGGGUCACUUUUAGGAUGAAACCAAAUAAGUAUUCAGAUAUGCUUCACCACGAGUUUGUGCACACCAUGAAUGGAUACAAUAAGACAGUCAAGCACAACAAAGGGCUCUACGGUAAGGGUCGGGAGAUCCGCGGCGCUAAGUUCGUAACACCAGCGAACGUUCAACUGCCUGAACAAGUCGACUGGAGGAAGAACGGCGCCGUCACAGACAUCAAAGACCAGGGCAAGUGCGGUUCCUGCUGGUCUUUCAGUACCACGGGCGCACUCGAAGGCCAGCACUUCAGACAGAGUGGCUACCUGGUGUCGCUCUCGGAGCAGAACCUGAUCGACUGUUCAGCUGCUUACGGCAACAACGGCUGCAACGGCGGUCUCAUGGAUAACGCUUUCAAAUAUAUCAAGGACAAUGGCGGAAUCGACACGGAGAAGAGUUAUCCCUAUGAGGGCGUUGAUGACAAGUGCCGUUACAACCCGAAGAACGCCGGCGCAGAUGACGUUGGCUUUGUGGACGUGCCGGCUGGCGAUGAAGAGAAAUUAAAGGCAGCAGUCGCCACAGUGGGCCCAGUGUCGGUAGCGAUCGACGCCUCUCAGGAAAGCUUCCAGAUGUACGCAGAGGGCGUUUACUACGAUGAAAACUGCUCUUCGGAGAAUCUAGACCAUGGAGUGUUGGUUGUGGGUUUCGGAACAGACGAAGAGGGCGGUGACUACUGGCUGGUGAAAAACUCAUGGGGCCGCUCGUGGGGUGAGCUCGGAUACAUCAAGAUGGCGCGCAACCGAGACAAUCACUGCGGUAUUGCGUCCGCUGCUUCCUACCCCCUAGUUUAA